GCGUGCGUGCGUGCGCGCGCCCGCGGCCUCGCCCUCGCCCUCCGCCCCUGCGCCUGCACCGCGCGCGCCGCGACCCCCGCGGCCCCCCCGUGCGCGUUAAAGGGGGCGCAGCAGGCGGCGGCCGGCCCCGCGGGAACAUGGCGAAGGUGGAGCAGGUCCUGAGCCUCGAGCCGCAGCACGAGCUCCGAUUCCGAGGCCCCUUCACGGACGUGGUCACCACCAACCUGAAGCUGGGCAACCCGACGGACCGGAAUGUGUGCUUCAAGGUGAAGACCACGGCGCCGCGCAGGUACUGCGUCAGGCCCAACAGCGGCGUCAUCGACGCGGGCGCCUCCAUCAACGUGUCCGUGAUGUUGCAGCCUUUCGAUUAUGACCCCAACGAGAAAAGCAAACACAAGUUUAUGGUCCAGUCUCUGUUCGCGCCAACGGACACUUCUGACAUGGAGGCCGUGUGGAAGGAAGCAAAACCGGAAGACCUUAUGGAUUCAAAACUUAGAUGUGUGUUUGAGCUGCCAGCGGAGAAUGAUAAACCGCUCGAUGUAGAAAUAAAUAAGAUCAUGGCCACGGCUGCCUCCAAGGCGGAGAGCCCGGCCGCGCCCAAGCCCCUGAGCUCCUCGCUGGACGACACGGAGGUGAGGAAGGUGAUGGAGGAGUGCCGGAGGCUGCAGGCCGAGGUGCAGCGGCUGCGCGAGGAGAACCGAGGCUUCAAGGAGGAGGACGGGCUCCGCAUGCGGAAGGCGGCCCGGAGCAGCAGCCCCGCGCCGGGGCGGGCGGCGGCCAAGGAGGAGGGCCUGAGCAGCCGGCUGCUGGCGCUGGUGGUCCUGUUCUUCAUCGUGGGCGUCAUCUUCGGGAAGAUCGCCUUGUAGGGGCAGCAUGCGGGCGCGGCCCCCCGCCACCUUGUCUAGAGAAUCCGUGUAUGCCGCCAUCCCCCAGGUCUUGCCUCACCCCUCCCCGUGCGCACAGCUAGCCAAGCCCCCCGCAGGCCCCGGGCUGGGGAGCCGGGGGGCGGGUGCCCGAGUCCGGGGCCCGUCCGGCCCGGGGGGGCUGGAGCCUAGCGGGGGGCUGCCGGCCUGCCCAGGGCUGGGUUCGACAGUCAGUGCUUGGUCCUCCUCGAGGGUCCAGGCUCCGCCGUGUGGGCCCACGGCAGAGGCCGCAGCCGGACAUCCCUCACGUGUCUCAUCUCACAAGGACGCAGGGGGAGCCGCAGCCGGGGUGGGGGGCGGGGGGCAGUCUGCAUGGCCACAGCCGCCUGGAGCAGCCCGCCCUGCGCCCGAGCGCGCGCUUAGCCCGCCCCCGCCCCCAGCCCGGCCCCCUUGGGCCCACCGUGGCCACCCUCGUCAGCGCGGGCUGGGGGCAGGGCGGGGGUGUUGGGGGUCAUCCAUCCAUUGAAUGAUAAUCGAGAGUUUGACUGUGAAUUGAAUCUACGCCGUGAAAGACCAAUCCAAUUCUGUUUGACUAUGUAGCAUCUUAAAGAAAAAUCAAAAUAAAGCCCCAAAUUAAAAGCUC